UCGAAGCUUGUACGCUUCGUCCAUUGUUAAUCAGCACAUUUAUAACAGUUACAAAGUAGAAAAAUCUGUGCGGAAGGGGACAAGAAUCAAAUAAUUUCUCUACAUUUUAGGGUUUUCUUCUACUCCAAUGGCGACUCACAGUUUUUCAUUACUUUCAAUCCAGUCUUUAACUUCCAAUUCUAGCAACAAACAAAGUGAGAAUACUAAUACUUUUUUAACCCAUAAGUAUUGUAAAGCUCUAGCUACUACUUUUACUGGAGGAAAGCUCUUGAUUCGGCCGCAGAAUUUGAACAAUUUUACUCUCAAACGUCAUCGUUCUACAGUAGCAACGGUUGCCUUCAGCCUCCCUAUCACGAGACCAGAGAGUUCUGAGAAACAGCCCAAAUGGUCGUCAAGAGCAAUACAGGCAUUUGUAAUGGCUGAAUUAGAAGCAAGGAAGCUCAAGUACCCAAAUACUGGCACUGAAGCUCUUUUAAUGGGCAUCUUGGUUGAAGGGACCAGUUUGGCUGCCAAGUUUUUGAGAGCAAACGGUGUAACCUUUUUCAAGGUGAGUGAAGAAACACUGAAGUUGCUUGGAAGAUCCGACAUGUAUUAUUUCAGUCCAGAGCAUCCUCCCCUUACUAAACCAGCUCAAAAGGCUCUUGACUGGGCAGUCAAUGAGAAAUUGAAAUCAGGUGAAGAUGGGGAAAUAACCGUCACACAUAUUGCUCUUGGUAUUUGGUCAGUAAAGGAAUCAGCUGGGCAUAUAAUAAUGUCUACACUUGGUUUUGAUGACGAGAAGGCUAAAGAGCUGGCCAAAUUUAUGGACAAGGACAUUGAGUUGACCUAUAAAUAACUAGUAUUGGAAGCACAAGCAUUAUUUGAUGCAUCCUUCCAUCACAAUCUUCAGCUAGUUUCUCCUGCAGAAGAGCUUAGUAACAAAUGUUCAUGGCCUUGUAAGCAAUUUUCCCCCAUACACAAUUACCAUUUAUUUUAACCCGUUUUCGGUAGACGACAUUUUGUUAUCUAAACGGCUGGGAAAUUAACGCCAUCAAUUUCAAUGUUUUAGUAUUCCCCAAAAA